AUGUCCAAAAAACGUAUUGUUUACCAACCGACUGAUAUAGUCUUGGCCAAAGUCAAAGGAUUUCCAGCUUGGCCCGCAAUGAUUAUCCCAGAAGAGAUAAUACCGGUUAAUGUGCUCAAAGGAAGACCAGGGAAACCCACUGUAGACGAAUUAGAUGACGAAAACAACCCAGACAAUUACUUGGUCUACAAUGAUCUUUUAAAGUUUCGCAAGAGCUUUAAACCUCACAGUUCAUAUUGCGUUAAGUUUUUCUGUGACGAUUCUUACAUAUGGCUCAAACCUGUGGAUUUCAAGCCUCUGACGCCGGAACAGUGUUCCAAUUGGCUUCAGAAUUCGAAGAAACAGACCAAAAAGUUAAUACCAGCUUACGAGAUGGCCGCCAAGGGUCCUGAAGGCAUCGAUGUGUGGGAAUUCGUUGAGUAUGGAUCACAAGGUAAACCAGAGGAGGAAGAAUACGUCGAGGUGCCGGAAGAACAAGCACAAGCAGACAAUAGCGAAGAAGAAUUACUAAGUGAGCCCUUGAGCUCUUUAUCCGAAUCAGAUUACGAUGAGGGAGAAAGUAUUCGUAAAGGCAGCCGAUCUAGUAAAAGACAGGCCAAUGCCAAGGCUAGCGCUCAGAGGUCUAAGACGCGCAAACGCAGGGCUGUUCGUGAUGAAGAAGAAGACGAUGAGCUAGAUGCAUUUCAGGAGCUCGAACCUGAGCCCAAGGCUACUUCGCGAUCGAAAAACAAGUCCUUGAAAGUCAAAAUAGAAAUAAAGAAAUACAAAUUUGAGGAUGACGGCGAUUGGUCUAUAGUAGGGCUGGGCCCGCAAGAACCGUCCCUGUUGGCUACAAACUCGAUUGUAAGCAAGCUUUCGCAAAAGAAGAACCUGGAGUUGCACAAUGAACUAAAAGGAGACCUGAUAGACAAAUUGGGGUUCGUAAACAGACUCAUUACUGACCUCGUUUUCAAAAGUGGCAAACAGGAUGACUCCGAGGAAUAUCAUAUGCUUCUAGAUGAACUCGAGCAAUGCACAUCCCUACGCGGCUCCCAAGACGAGCUAAUAACGGUCUUUUUCUCCGACCAAGAGCUCGUUACCAACCUGAGUGCCCUAUUCAAUUUGAAGCAAAACUUCCUUCGCCAGAUAAACCUCUAUGAUAGACUACAAGAAUGGUUUAGAGGCGUAUUUGGAUACCCAUUCGUUACAGAUCCUGUGUUAUGGACUCUUGACACAAUCAGCAAAGGUGAAUCGCAACAGGAGGAAGCACAACCACUACCUCACAAUGGAACUGAGUGCGCGACAAUUACAUAA